GACUUGGCAAGUUUCUCUUUUUCUGUCUCAUCAUCAAGUUAAGUCCCACAGUUCACCAUAAUGUGUAUUUUUUUCCCUUUUGUUUCCUGUUUGACCAGAUACUCUGUAUUUUUCCGAUCUGCUUUUUCUCCAAGAUUUGAACUUUUCGUGUUGAGAAACGAUAUGGGUUUGUUCUUCAACACUAAAUAGGUAAAGUGAUGGACUUCAUUCUUGAUUUCCAGUGUUUUGCUGACCACUCAUUUUGGUACUCCACUUCUUUGAAUUUCUCUAUCUUUUGGGGGAUUUUGUAUCUUUAAUUUAUGAAUAGUUUUGACUACUGGUUAUGCUCAAUCUUGAUUGCUUAGGGUUCUUGAAAAAAUCUGAGCUUUUUUGCCUUUUUCACACUUUGCAAUUUGAUUUCACUUUGAGUGACUGACUAGCUAGCUAAUUUCCAUGUGAAUUUGGCUAAUUUUAGUUUACUAGAAGAUGGGUUCAGUCCGAAAAGCAGUUUAUUAUUGUUCAGUAUCUAAAGGAGGUCAACUUAUAUAUGCAUAUAAUGAUGGAGAUCAUGAGAUUGAGAAUUUGGCUGCAUUGUGUUUGGAAAGGGUUCCUCCUUUUCAUAAAUGGUAUUUUCAAACUAUGGCUAAGAAAACUUUUGGGUUUUUGAUGGAAGGUGAAGGGUAUGUUUACUUUGCUAUUGUAGAUGAGGGUCUUGGUAAUGCUAAAGUUCUAAGGUUUCUAGAACAGUUAAAGGAUGAAUUUAGGAAAGUGGCGAAAAAGGGUUCUUGCUGGACUAUGUCGAAUCUAAACUCGCUUUGUUUACAAGGAGAAUUAGUUCCUGUUAUUUCACCAUGUAACAAUGCCACUGGGCAAAUUGAUGGUAAUGCUUCAACAAAUGCCCUGUUAUUGGGAAAGCAAAGUAGACAAGAUAAGAAGAAAAUGAAGGAUCAUGUAAUUGCUAUGAAAGAUGCUGAGUUGGAGGAGGAUCGAAAAUCUACAGAACUAGUAGAUAUGAACUAUCAAGGUACAGCAGUUACUCCAAUUAUGUCACAGAAAGAGUUGUGCUUGGUAAGGAACAUAACAAGCUCUCAAAACUUCCAAAAGAAGUGGUGUCACCAUGUACGCAUUGUCCUUGCCAUUGAUGCCGUGGUAUGUCUUGUGUUGUUUGUGAUCUGGUUAGUUAUUUGUGAAGGUACAAAAUGCCUUCACUAAAGUUGUUCUGUUCUUACCUUAUCUUAAUGCUUGGAGCCAAGGAGGUUAUUUUUCUACCCUUUUGAAAUAUUUCAGCACAGUGUUGCAUUGCGAUAAGCAUUUCCGAAGAAAGUGGAUAAUGAAAUAAACAAAUCAAGCAGCUUUCAUACUUGUAUCAAGUAUGUGUCUCAUCAAAGUAUUGUUAGAAACUCAUUUUUUGUACAGGAAUCACUUUGUUUACCGGUAGAGUAGGGGAUGCAAUAGUUUACAACCGAUGUGAGUCUAACGCUUGUAGCAGCUACUUUACUCCUUGUAACUACCACAUGAGUGCUUCGUUUAAAUAUGUUUGUGUUCUUUUUCUAUUGGAUUGACACGAGUCAGUGGAGAAAUUCGGAGCCGAGCCCAACUAGCUUGGGUUGAGGCAUAGUAGUGCUUGUAGUAGUUUUUCUUACUUUUCGGUUUUUGUUGGCUAUUCUAGCCAUCUAAAGUUUGUUGCAGCUUCAUUGUUACUUCUUGUAGCUACCACAUGAUUGCUUCGUUUAAAUAAUUUUGUGUUCUUUUA